GUACAGUCACGGGGAAAUACCGCUCCACGGCUCGCAAUUUCCAAACACUUAUUGUACACGCCGACUGAAAAGACGUGGAAAGCGCGGGAAUUUUACUCCCUACCUGGAUGCAGCACGAUCUGAGCGAGGUUAUCAAACACAAAUUGUGUUGCAUUUGAUUUUGAAACCAACUCGGAAGGAAACUCGACCUAUAUCCGAUACAACAACUAUUGUUUUGUUGUGAUUGAGAUAGAAAGGGCAGCGGGAGAAUAUUUAUUUCGAGAUUACAGAUCAGUGACUGAUAUAGAAUUUACAGUAUCGCGGGAUCGGAAGGCUAUAUUUCAUCGUCAGCUUGAUUUACAUGAAUUUAUUGGACAGGGGUAAUGUGAAUCGUAACUUUGGAGGAAUCAGAAGAACAUUUUGAAGGUAUAUAGCUGUCACAAUGAGAACUCUUGAGAGAAAGAAGAAAAUUUGCCGGAAGGAAUCUCUUUUAAAUACGUCUGGGCUUCUCACAGAGGAAACGUUACAGGACAGACUGAUUAAAACAGACGAAAGGGAAAAUUUCAAGAGGAGAACGAUCAUCGUCGAAAAGGAAGCAGGGACGUUUGGAUUUGAGCUUCAGACCUAUGCCAUACAUCACAAAGGAAGAAAUGAAUUAGAGCUAUGUACCUAUGUAUGCGACGUUCAUCCCGAUGGCCCAGCAUACCUUGCCGGAAUGAGAGCAGGUGACAUCAUUCUGUCGGUGAAUGGUAUAUGUGUUGAAAGAUCUUCGCAUGAGAUGAUCGUCCAUCUUAUUACUGUUUCUCCAAAUUCUCUAAGAUUGGUACUUCUCUUCGAAGACUGUGUGAAGAAAGUGGAACACAACAAAAAGCUCGUCAAAUUAAAGAGAAUGUUGUAUGAUAAAAAGCUAGCAUAUCGCGCCCUCCAAGCCCAAGAGAAACGAGUGAUGCUAGGAUUGGCGAGAUAUGAACUCAAUAGCAUGACAUCACUAGCCUCGGAUGACAGCGGUUUCUAUUCAUCACCGGGAUCAUCCCAGCUCAGCAGCAAGUCACAGUCGAUGAGCUCCAUCAGUUCAGGAGGGUUCAAUUUAUCACAGAUUCCUGGCAACGAGAGUCUAGAACAAAUUGCUCUGUUGGACGUCUAAUAAGUUUUUUUAAAUGGACACGACUGACUUUGCUCAAAUAUGAACUAAUAGUUGACAAUCCGAUGAAAAACCAAAGGUGACCGUCAUAAGAAUGAAAGUUUCAUGAACUUUUGUGUUUAGAAGUCUAAUCGUAGUGAAUACGACUUAGAAGAAUGGGCGUACGAUAAUGCCCGCUCCUUACCAUGCAUGCAUGGGUAGAGUUCUCAACAUCAGACCUCCUAUUGGCAUGAUUAUUCUUUGAUGAGAAAAAUUCAACAUUUUUCGAGGAACACGCCCCCUCCCCUCCCCAGAUCGCCUCCUCAUCGCAAUGAGUCUGUUUUGGUUUACGCAAAAGGGGUGAUCUAAUUUCUGACCCUAUAAAAGCACUCUCUCAAAUUAUAAUGCUGUAGAGUGAAUACAUGUUUUUUUAUAUGUUGACAAGAAAUGUGUCCUCACAAAAUUUGCUCCCCCCACCAAAAAAAAAAACCGCUGGUAACAUCUUACCAGAACUUUCAAAGUUGGUUAUUAUGUUUACUACAUUGUUCGUCUUAUAUAUUUGACAUGUUUGAAGGGUAUUGAAAUAAAGAUGUACAUAAUCAUUUCCUUAUUCGAUGAUUUUCAUAUCCUUUUGCCAUGUUGUGGAAGUGUGGGAGCGUCGAGAUCGUCAACAACAACAUGAAGAAGAAGAAAAAAAAAACUCUAAAGGUGUUGUCAUUAUUAUUACGUGAUUUGUGCAAUAUAGAUAUUUCAGUAAGUCACUUUUUCAUGAGUUUCGAAUUUAUAUCUGCAAGCGUUCUUGCCUGUUCAGUAUUUUAUUUAGAUCAACUGAAUGUCUACAUGCAGUUCUAAUUAUAUUCGCAUUAAAAAAAAUUAUAUUUAACUUGAAGUUCACAUUAUAUGAACCGGUGUGUUGGCUCAGUUGGUAGAGCGUCCGUCUCACAACCGGGAGGUCGGGGGUUCAAACCCCGGCCGCGU